UUGCAGGUGGUUGACGUAUACGAUUUGGCCGCAUCGAUAGGUAAAGAUUUCGAAAAGAUUAUUGAACUUCAUGGAAAUGACUGCGUUCGUGGUAUUAUGCCCAAGGUUAUCUCGGCCUUGGAAACGUUAGAAUCGCUUGCGAACAAUAACGAAAGAGAAAAUGAAGAGAUCUUGUCUUUACAAAAGACCGUAGAACGGUUAGAACAUGAAAAACAGGCACGGCAGUUGCAGACGGCAAAGUUCGAGGAGGAGCUGGACCAAGUCGAAGAGACAUACAAGAAGGACAUUAACGAGUUACGAUCGAUGGUCAAAGCCUUGAUGUCCGAGAAUAAGACGUUGAGCACCACAGUCUCAUCACUACCAGCAAAUACGGAAAGUCCCACAACCGCAGCCAUGCGAGAAGAAGAUGUACGGUUGUUGUUCGAAUUAAAAGAAAUGUNCGCUUCUCAACAAUUGGAUCCUAUCCACAAUCAUUUGUUACUAUUUCAGCUUCAAAAUUCAAUCGAAAAACUCAUUAGGCAGAACGAAGAAUUACUACGAAAAAAUUCGUCACUACAAAAACAGGGACGUAUGAUUGUCGAAGAAAAAAUGGAGAUUAUCCGAAGGUUGGAAAAGACAGAAGAGGCGAACAUUCAAUUACGGCGAUUAUUAAGCGACACUGAUAGAGUCUGUAAAGAUUUACAACAAGCCAAUCAGGUGGAUGAUGAGCCGCGAUUUACGCUCGCUGAAUUGCGCGAAGUACUACAGGAGAAGAACGUACUUAAAGGUCGAGUAAUGGAACUUGAGGAGGAAUUGGAAAAUCUUCGACCGGGACGGAAAGAACGUGAACGUGAAGAUUUGCUAAGAAACAUUUUGCAAGCACCAAUCUCUUCACAAUGCGACUUGCUCUUGUAG